AUGCAGCUCAUCAGACAACUAGGUCUUGCUCUCCUGGGUGCUCAGCUUUUCUUCGAAAGUAGUAUUGCUGUCGCUCACAAUUCCUACCAACCUGAGAUCAAGAAGCGUGCACCACCAGAGGUCGAAAACUGGGCGUUAUACAAAUACUGGAACUCCCAAAUUGAGACCAGCCCUUACUUCUGCGAGGCUGGAUUCUCUGCCGACACGGGCUCUCUUUCGAGGAGUGGAAACGUAAGGUCACUUUCCUGGGGCAUUGGAAACUGCGAAGAGAAGAUUGUGUCGUGGGACUUCAAACAGACCCCUAUUGCCAAGGGCGAAGUCUCAAUCUGGAAAGCCACUCUCAAGGUCAAAAAUUCAGAUGGUACUGAGAAAUCCUCGAAAGAAGUCGCCCUGAAGAGAGGAAGCGACGCCAGAGGAAUUCUUUUCGGUGCCAAUGUCCAACAGAAGCUCAGCGACAACGACAAUAUCCUGGGUGCUCUCGAAGCUGUCGUUCAGAAUGAUGAAGACGGGGACCCGGAAUGGGGCAACUCUAUUAUGCCUUUUGUUCAGGCCAGCUCCCUUGAGAAGAACCUUGAUUCGUACUCGACUCAGAGCUUGGUCAACGAUGCGUUCAAGCAGAUCCUCACUGCUGUUUCGGUAGUCCAUGGCGAAGGCAUCAUGCACCGUGAUCUUAAGCCAGAGAACUUCCUUGUGGAUGGCAGCAUACUGAAGCUCAUCGAUUUCGAUACCGCCUUCGAAGGCGAUUCAACCAAUGCAUUCAACGUUGGAACACGUACAUAUGCUGCCCCAGAAAUCGUUGCAAUGAAAACACCAAGCGGUGGCGGCUAUACCAAGAAGAUCGAUGUCUUCUCUCUAGGAAUGACCUUCCUUGUAAUGUCGGUCACGGACUUACAGGACGACGACACUCGCUUCCUCCUGUGGAAGGAGCUCAUCGAGCCGAACGGAGAAUUGUGGCCAACAGUCGCCAAGGUGUCGACACUUCUGAAAGAGAAGAGCUACGACGUAUUUAGUGACAACGAAAAUCUCCUCACCGUGAUUUCAACAGCGCUCUGUACACCAGAUGAUCGCUACGAUGAUGCGAGCGCUUUCCAGACAGCAUUCAACGCUGCAAUCUAA